CAACUUGCAACCUAAAAUUAUUUUCAGAUUGGAGAGCCUAUUUGAACGACUUUAUGGAUUAUUAAGGCUUUUAUUAAGAUGAAGAUUAUUCAGAAUAUAUUUUCACCACAUUAUGCGAAAGCUUCUUUUAAUAGGCUAGCCGACUAUCUUUGUUUUUAUUGCCAAUGUGUGCAAUUUUAUUUUACGAGAAUGACGCUGAGCCAACACUUGUGUUUGGUUUCAAGGAAAUAACAGGCAACAUUUCAUAGUGCCUAUAGCUAAUAGGCCUAGGUCAUUAUUGUUAUUGUAUUAUUGAUGUUAUUAUUGUUAUUGUAGCUAUUAUUUUUAGACUUUUUUUGUGCGUAAAAGCGUUUCACGUCUUUCAUUGUGACCCUAUAGAAUAACGUGGCCUUAUGGACAACAAUAGGCUAAUUAACCCCAAAACUCUAUAAUAUUUACAUAUUUAAAAUUUAAAUAAUAUAUUUUCUUUUCCUUCCUAUUGUAAAAUAGGCCUGUUUAUAGACUUCAGCAAAUGUUUUUUCAAAGGACGGCGUAAAUGAACAUUUGAAAACCGUACAAAAUUAAAGGCAUAUUAAAUGCAUUACUUUUUACUCAAAGCAUGGUCUCAUAUAUUGACGCAAACAGCACUGAUUAAAAGGAUAAUAACACUCUUAGAGUCUGGCCAUUGUGUGAGCCAAACUUACCGUAAAAGCGCGUAGGCGAAUAACACAACGCUAUGAAAAGAAGAGCAUGUCUGCUACUAGUACUAGUGGGUUAAAGCACUCGAGGCGACACAAAAACAAACCCGUAGUCCACAAGCCGAGAUCCAACAAGCCGACAUAUUUCAGCUCCACGUAAAAACGCAACAGAAUUGAUCCUGACGCUCCAGCGUCUUGAGCCCAAGAAGGAAAAAGCGGCCCGUUUGGCGAGGAUGGCUUCUUGAAGCAAACUGCUCGUUGUUCAUUAAACUUUGACUUAAUACUCGCUGACCUUUGGGUCACACAAAAAGCUUAUGACUGCUAAAUAUUUGGACGACUUCUUUGUGGAAAAAGUGCAGAUGCAGGACUUUUUCAGACCGCCUUUGAGGCACAGCCAUAACAACUCUGGACUCUAAAAAAAAAAAAAAAAAAAAAAAAAAGACUUAAAGCAUGGCAAAAUAAAUUUAAAUUAAGUGGAAUAAAAUACCACGGUCUAUCUACUUCGGGAGAUUUUAAAAUGUAUUUUAGCAACAUAGGCAAGGCUAUAUAGGCCAAUACAACGAAUUCAUAGAGGUGAAUUAAGACUGAAUUUUGAUUUGUGUUGCAGGUCGAGGAGGCUGCAGUGAUGUAUGCGUAACUAACACCCUUUGUGCGAAUUUUGGUCAGAGACUGAAGAGACAGUGGGAGACACCAGUCACGUGAAACAACAACACCAAUGCCCCUGGCGUAGUAGGUUUCAAACUACAAAAUGCAGAAAGCUACCUAUUAUGACAACUCUGGACUGUUUGGAGGCUACAGCUACCCCAAACCUGACUCUUACAACUAUGGUCCAUCUCACCAGUCCUACACGGCCGCUAGCAUAGAAUCUGACUACCAAGGCCCAGUGUGCCCCAUCCAGACCACUACUGUGCGCACGGCGAGCCUCAAAGACAGUGAGCUGAACGGGGACUGCAUGCGCCAGGGCAGCACUCAGAGCAACAGCAGCCAGGCCAGCAGCGUCAGUGAGCCGCAGCCUCCAACUCUGUCUGCGGCCUCGCCCGGUUCCAACAGCUCCACAUCCAAUAAGAAGAAAUCUCCCUCUGGAGCAUCAGGCUCCGCCACACCGGCCUUAACCAAGCAGAUAUUCCCCUGGAUGAAGGAGACCAGGCAAAAUUCCAAACAGAAGAGCAACAACUGUAGUGCGAGUGCAGGUGAAGUGAGUGAUGAAAAGAGCCCACCAGGACCUGCUUCCAAGCGGGUGAGAACCGCAUACACCAGUGCCCAACUUGUGGAGCUGGAGAAGGAGUUCCAUUUUAACCGCUAUUUGUGUCGCCCUCGGAGAGUGGAAAUGGCCAAUCUGUUGAAUCUGACCGAGCGCCAAAUUAAGAUCUGGUUUCAAAACCGGAGGAUGAAGUACAAAAAGGACCAGAAAUCUAAAGGCAUGGCGCACUCCCCUCUGGGACACUCUCCGGAUAGAAGCCCUCCACUGAGUGGCCCAAAUCACAUUGGAUACUCUGGCCAACUCCAAAAUGUGAAUAGCCUCAGUUAUGACGCGCCCUCACCGCCCUCCUUUGCUAAACCCCAACAAAACAUGUACGGAUUGGCUGCUUAUACGGCGCCGUUAGGUGGAUGCAUCCCGCAGCAGAAAAGGUACCCGGGGUCCGAGUACGAACACCACGGCAUGCAGAGCAAUGGCAGUUUUGCAAAUGCGAAUUUGCAAGGAAGCCCAGUUUAUGUGGGUGGGAACUUUGUUGAUUCCAUGCCAGCCUCGGGCCCUAUGUUCAACCUCGGCCAUCUUCCUCACCCCUCAUCCACCAGUGUGGACUACAGCUGCGCCGCGCAGAUCCCAGGAAACCACCACCACGGACCCUGUGAUCCCCACCCCACGUACACAGACCUCACGUCUCACCAAGCGUCUCAGGGAAGGAUUCAAGAAGCGCCUAAACUCACGCAUUUGUAAAAUGUCUUACUUGUGUGUGUAUGCGCGCGUGUGUGUGUGUCUGUGCGUGUUUCCCUGAGCGACUGCGCGCGUGUGUGUGCCAAAUUAUGUUGCGCUCUUUUUAUUACCUCACUAGUCUAAUAACUUCGCUCCGAGCGAGUCGUGUAUUAUUACAGUAUUAUUGAUAUGACUAUUAAUGCUAUCGUGUCAUUAUUUUCUGAAUACAGCUUUGUCCAUUCCUCUUGAAUAGGGGCACACAAGACUGUUGUCAGUCAGUUUGUUUCAUUACUUUAUAUUAUUCAUGUGCAAUGCACAGUUUGGACUAAAUAUUUCAUGCCGUUACUUGAAGGUAAGUCUAAUAGAUCACAGUAGAAGCUCAUCAUAGAAGAAAAAGAAACAUUAGAAUUUUCUGUCUGUUUGUCAGGAUGCAGUUUCCUCCAGAACAUCAAACUUAUUUAUUGGCAUAUUUUUACAUAUACUUUCUAACUAGCCUCUAUCUAUUUAUUAUUUAAUUAUGUUGGUAUUGCACAUUAUUUAUCGUUUAUGCGAAUAUUUAUACAUGUAACUUUUGUAAGAUUGGACACAUCAAUGCACUUGGAAGUGUGGAAAACAGGGUUUGAAAUGACUUGGUCUGAUGUGGACUAGGCACAUUUCUUAUUUGGAUAAAUGGGGCAUUUUAUAGUGUAUAACACCACUAUACUGUAUGUCCAUGGUAAUUCUUGUGUCAACUUUAAGAACAUAGACUAUCUAAGUAUUUAAUACAGUAUUAUACACCAGCAUGUCACUUUGUGUAGCCAUUGUUUGAUUUGUUCGCCAUUGUUUAUGCUUCAUUUGGUAGCCUAUCCAUAAAAAUACAAACCCUAAUGAUAUCAAAAUGUUAUAUUUUAUUGUGUUAAACAUUUUGUAAAUAAAGUGAUCAAAUAUGUUACGUUUAUUAUUUUUAUACCAAUAACUAUUCAAACACAAUUUUAAGGGUAAGAAUAAGAUGUGUUUUAGUGCUUAAGAA